CAUGCGUAUCAACUGUAGUCAUAUACCAAAUAAUGCAAGCAGUAAGUAUGUAAUGGUUUCGAAGUGGAACAACAUUUGUCACGAAAAGCACAAGUGUCUCUCAAUAACUGUCAGUUUUCAUCCCGAUUAUGUAAAGCAAGCUUAAUGAAAAGGCGAUGGAGCAAUGCUAAACGUUGAAAACGAAAGUCCAUUAUCUAAAGACAUUAUGCGAGUCAAGUCCUUCUUCCCCAUCUACGCGUGCAAACAAGUGUCCGCGACCGCCAUUGGCCUCUACUUCAUCUGUUCCACGUUCACUUUCCUGACAAUGGAUAAACGAGCUUAUGGAAGAAAACCACCCUCUUUACGGUCCAAGAAUCUGACCUCUAGCAUUGAAGUUGAGCCUUUCCAGGAAAGUCUUGUUGAUAUCAACGAGACCGUAUUCUUCCUGGAGACCCAAGAGUCAUUGGACGAAUUGGACCGAUCCCUUAUGUGUGCAGUGGAAAGUUAUCAUGGGGCGAAUCCCUUUGACUCGAUCGUUGUUUUGAUUAAUGGAGGUGGAUCUAUUCCGAUUGUUCCAGAUUACCUCAAAGAUGUGAGUCAGAUUCAGUUUAGACAUUUGAGCUUUGCUCACUUUCUCGAAGCAUCUCCUUUGGGAGAGUUGUGGAACAGUCCAAAAUGGAAAGAAACCAUCUACCCGUUGAACCAUAUGAGUGACUUACUUCGAGUGGUUAUUUUGCACAAGUUUGGUGGGACAUACAUAGAUUCGGAUUUGAUCGCUUUAAAGGCUUUUCCCAGGCUGGCCAACAACAAUGUUAUUGUGGGAGUGGAAACGGAAAAAGUGGGCAGUGCGUAUAUGAAAUUUGGGAAAAAUCACGCAUUUCUCGAACAAGCAAUAGUGGAAUUGAGAGAACACUUCGAUGGGUCAAAUUGGGGAGCAAAUGGACCACUUCUUCUUACACGGGUGGCAACUCAAAAAUGUGGCCCAUUAAAGAUUGAAUCAACGGGUCAAAAAUGCAACGAUUUUGAAAUCUUGCCCUCAUAUUUUACAUAUCCUUUCAAAGCCAGAGACUGGAAGACCUUUUUCGAUUCAUCCCAACAACAGACAGUCAGGGAGAAAACUGCCCACAGUUACAUGGUUCAUUAUUUCUCGGGCAUGAGGAGAAAAGAAGGCCUAGACCCGUCACCAUUGGACCCAGAGCUUCCACUACAUCAACUAUACCAGGCCCAUUGUCCCAAAACUUGGAAUCAUUUCAAAGCCACUGUUUCUGAGUGAUUGUAAUUUAGUAUUGUGCGAUACUUUGUAAAUAAAUUUGAAUAAAAUCGUUGACUUGAAA